AUGUUCAUUCAACGAGAUGCAGAUUUGAUUCUAUCUAUUCCAGUUUCACUUGAGAAUGCUGAUAUGUGGUGCUGGCGUGGCGACAUAAGGGGUGUUUACUCAGUUCGUGGAGGGUACCGUUUGCUGAAUGAAAAUAAUCACAAUCUUAAUACUCCUUUCACGGCUUGGAAGGAGUUAUGGCGUUUGAAAAUUCCUCCCAAGUUUGCUAAUUUCAUUUGGCGCUGUGCAAGAUGUAUUCUCCCUACGUUGGUGUCUCUUUCCAGUAGAGGUAUGAAUAUUGACACUCUGUGUCCUAUUUGUCAUGCAUGUCCAGAAUCAUUAAAUCAUCUUUUAUUGGAAUGUUCUCAAGUUACUGGUGCAUGGGGUGGUAUCUUGGAUUCUACGGAUCUGCAUGCUGACUUGAGUUUUGAAGCUUGGCUUUCGGAACUUUUUAAGCAAUCUGAUCAUAAUAAAUUGUUGCGUUGCAUUGCCACUUGUUGGUGUAUUUGGAAGAGAAGAAAUGAAUGGGUUUGGAGUAGAAAGAUGUGGCCAGUAGAGGAAAUUAUUCGAAUGGCUACAAGCUGCUUUAUUGAAUGGCAAACCCAAUUAACUACAGGAUCACAUGGAUUGGGACAUAUCCACAACACCCAAACUCGGAAUGUGCAUGAAUCUUCACAUGUGGCAGAAAACAUCCCUCCUUCGACAUUGGUGGUUGAAGUUGAUGCUGCUCUCCCGCAAGGUGGCACCGAUGGGUUUUAUGGCAUUGUAUGUCGAAAUAGCAAUGGUGGUUUUGUUGCUGCGAGGAGCGGUCCAAUUCGUUGA